AUGGGCGGCUUUGUGUUUUCACCGCCUGUGGAUGGACUCGAUACGUUGGAACCUGCCCCAUGUCCGCUUAUAGCCGACGAUCUGGCCGAGUAUUUCAAAUUUCUUGACUUCCCCGAGACGACCGAAGGCGAUAUUAAAGACAAGAUCCGCCGAAGCCCGGGUAAGAAGAGUGCCCAGCUCGAGAUCUUGACACUCGCCGUUGCAAUUUGCGGCGUCCCCACAUAUGUCGUCUACUGGUACAAGCCGAAGGACGUCACAGUUCCCAUUAGCGCCAGUAUCAAAUCUAACAAACGCGAACAAUCUCUCGACGUGCUUGCCGAAGCAACCAUCUGGCACGUCUGCACCAUCCUCACCAUCACUCUGCCGCCGCUGGGCCUGUUAGGCAUCCCGCUGUCCCAGUCCACCUGGCGCCAGGGUAAUCCGUGGGACUUUCUAUCCGCUACCAUACGCGUUCUGCGUGAGCUCUGCUGGCAGCUCGAAAGUCCCCAAGAAAAGAUGGAGGCUAAUCUCAUCCGCGGGCGCUUGGAUGACUUCUACAACAUAAACUUGUUCCAACGUUAUCGGGCUUAUACUUCCACUCAGAUCCCCUAUAGGAACCUGCUUCGAUCACUGGACGAAGCUUCCACCCUUGAGUGCGAUCUGCGGCAAAGGAUACUCGAUUUUGUUGACAAGAAGGGAACCUUCCAAAACCGACCCGAUCUCGACCUACCGCCUGGAUACAGCUCCAACCUCCAUCGGCUUUUCCGUCUCAUAGACGGUCACGGAUCGAAAAAAAUGGUUGAGGAGGUGGCGAGGCUCGGCGUUUUCCCCCGUCGCAGCCUACUGCCUACUGCCUUCAACACGUGGCUUGUCUACAUCACCAUGGGCUUGUACUGCGUUGCUCGGCUCGUCCUAGUUGCUGUGGGCCUAUCGAGUCUGCGUGCUAUGCCUCAGGCGGUCUACAAGUCGACUUGGGCUGACUAUUUCCCCGCCAUUUGA